CCAAAAACCAUCGAUACCAAACAAGAAGCAAUUAAGGGGAAAAAAUUAAAAAAAAAACACACACACACAAAACGGAUAAUUUCCAAUGCUAUCUCGCCAUUUAUCAUUCUGAGAGGCCUUAUUUUCGCUCUUUGUUUUCUCUGAGGGAAACUAAACCAAACCGUAAUCCCAACAUUCACAAUGGAGAAGAACCUUGCCGAACACUCUGGCAGUUUCGCUCGCAAAGCCGACGACGACACCGGCAACGCCACUCAUUCGCCGGUGCCGGAGUCCGCCGAUAAUUUCGAUGCCAAACCGGACACCGGCGAAACCGAGAAAGCUGCGGAUUCAGAUCACGUUCAUGGAGAACAAGAAGCCAAGGAGAAUAAGAAUGAGAAUGAGAAUGAGAAGGAGAAAGAGAAGGAGGAAAAGAAGGAAGAAGAAAAAGAAGAAAAAGAAGAAAAAGAAGAAGAAAACGUGGAGGCUCAACCGGAAUCUCCCCCUCCGAGUCUCGAGAAGGUUUCAGAAGACAUCGACCAAUUCCUCGUGACUCUGCAAAACAACAACAAAGACGACACCAAAUUGGAGAUCCCUAAAUGUGUAAUCACAUUCUUGGAUCUCGUGGAGCAGAAGAUAACAAAGUACGACACCGCCGAGGCCAAAUGGGGAGAAUCAGCGGAAGAAGAUUCGUUGUUUCUGGAAUCCGUGAAUCGCGUUUCGAAUCUGAUGAAACAUUUAACGGAGUAUAUCCAAUCUCAUCGCGAGAAAGAGCAAGAGGACGAGGAAAAGGUGAAGGUAGACUUGAUGAUAAACGGCAUCGGCUCGAUUCAGCAGCGUGCGAUGUCGUUUCUGGAGGAGGAGUUCCGCUCCCUAAUGGAAGAAUCUAGAAACCCGAACAAAGCAGACCCGAAAGGAAAGCAACACGUGGCGGAAGCGUUGGAGUCCGAGACUCCAACUGAAACGGUUAUGGAUUUCCCGGGUUUCGCGGAGGAAACGGUUACGAAGCUACGCCAAAUCGCCAAGGAAAUGACAGCAGGCGGUUACGAAAAUGAGUGCUGCCAGGUUUACGCAGUUUCGCGGAGGCACGCGUUCGAAGAGGGGUUGUACAAGAUUUUAGGUUACGAGAAGCUCAGCAUCGACGAGGCGCAGAGAAUGCCGUGGGAGACACUGGAGCGGGAGAUUCCCACGUGGAUCAACACGUGGAAGGAAUGCACCUCGGUGUGGUUCCCCGGCGAGCGGAAGCUCGCCGAGGCGGUGUUCGCGGAGGAGACGACGGCGGACUCCGCGGCGUGCCUCUACGGCAACCUCUUCCGCAGCAUCGCGAUUCAGCUGGUGAACUUCGCGGAGAGCGUGGCCAUGACGAAGCGCGCGGGAGAGAAACUCUUCAAGCUCCUGGACAUGUACGAGACCUUGCGAGACGCGAUUCCGAGCAUGGAGAAUCUCUUCCCCGACGACAUGGCCGCGGAAGUGAAGACCGAAACGACGUCGGCGAAGUGCCGCCUCGGCGAGGGAGCGGUGUUGAUAUUCUGCGACCUGGAGAAUUCGAUCAAGUCGGAGACCGGGAGAACUCCGGUGGCCGGCGGCGCGGUGCACCCGCUCACGCGCUACAUCAUGAACUACCUGAGGCUAGCGUGUGAAUACAAAGACACGUUGGAGGAGGUGUUCAAAGAACACUCCAAAAUGGAGCGCGCGGAUUCAACAAGCAGGCCUCACUACGAGAGAGAGGAAGACAAACACAAGAACAAUGCACAGAAAGAUAACGUGUCACCUUUCGCGGCGCAGUUGAUGAGGGUGAUGGAGCUUCUGGACUCGAACCUCGAAGGAAAGGCGAAGCUGUACAAAGAAGUUGCAUUAAGCUGCAUUUUCAUGAUGAACAACGGAAGGUACAUAGUUCAGAAAAUAAAAGGUUCUGCGGAGAUCUACGAAGUGAUGGGGGAAACGUGGUGUCGUAAGAGAUCGACGGAGCUGAGGACCUACCACAAGACUUACCAGUUAGAGACGUGGAGUAAGAUUCUGAGUUGUCUGAGUCUGAAGGGUUUGAAUGAUAACGGGAAGGUGCAGAAGCCGGUGCUGAAGGAACGGUUCAAGAGCUUCAACGCGUUGUUUGAGGAGAUCCACAAGACGCAGAGCGCGUGGGUGGUGAGCGACGAACAGCUUCAAUCGGAACUUAGGGCUUCAAUUUCUACGCUGGUGAUUCCUGCGUACAGGUCCUUCUUGGGUAGGUUUUCGCAGUACUUGGAUCCGGGGAGACAAACGGAGAAGUAUAUUAAGUACCAGGGUGAGGAUGUAGAGACUUGCAUUGACGAGUUGUUCGAUGGGAACCCUCACGGGCGCCGCUAGAGACCAAGGGAGAACAAGAGUUUAAUCGAGUGUGCUAGGUUCUGUCACUGAUGAGGAAUUGUGGAAGAAGAUUGGUCGUGCCAUGCAUUGCACUCAAGCUUUUCCUUAAUUUUGGUGCUUCUGUCUGUCAGCAAGAGGCCGAAUUGGGUCGUUUGACUGUAAUAUUAUCACUAUUAUCACCUUUCUUUUCAAUACAGGAUUCGGUUAGUGUUAAGGGUGAAUUCUUUUCUUGUAUUUAAAUUUUCAACUCACCCUCACCUUUUGUGUUUUAUACUUAAUUUUAAUUCUCAAU